AUGCCUGCUCCUCCACCACCUCCGCCGCCACCUCCACCUCCUCCAAGCAUGGGAGGACCUCCACCUCCGCCGCCUCUUCCUGGAGGCUCACUGCCUUCAGGGCCGCCCAAGGCAGUUGCAAAAGGACGGGACGCGUUGUUAUCAGACAUCACCAAAGGCACAAGGUUGAAGAAGGCUGUCACGAAUGACCGUUCGGCGCCUCAAGUCGGGAAGGUUUCUGGAAGCGGAGGAGGCCCUAUAGCAGGAGCACCGCCGGUCCCUGGAGGAAUGAAAGCACCCAGCGCACCCAGCGGCCUCGCCCCCCCAGUCCCCAGUGGUGGGAAUCGAGCCCGAAGUCACAGUGAUGCGGGCGGCGAGACCAGCCUCGAUGGACCACCGCAGUUGGCGGGAUUGUUCGCUGGAGGAAUGCCAAAAUUGAGGAAGACGCGAGGAGGAAUCGACACUGGAGCCGGUUUGGACGGUGCUCAUUCAGACUCGGAAGCAUCAACACCAGCCAUUCCUCGACCUGCAUUAUCAACGGCGCCACGUCCGCCGUCAAUGCCUGCUCCUCCUGUUCCAGGCUUCAGACCUCCUCUACCACAGUCAACGGACUCUGCUCCGGCAGUUCCGAGUCCCUUGGCCAAUCUCAAGAAGCCUCCUCCAAAACCAUUGUCCAAGCCUUCGUCCGUGGCCAAUCUAGUAGCUGGAAAGCCACCUCCUCCCCCGCCGGCUGCGCGAAAAAUCAGCGUUGCUGCUCCCCCUCCUCCGGCUCCUCCACCACCUCCGCCUUCGUCCUCGAGUUCUAUACCUCUUGCACCACCUCCUCCGCCGCCCUCAAUAAGCUCAGCCCCUCCAGCGCCUCCUCCACCGCCGCCGCCUCCAGCAGCAAGCCCUGCGCCGCCAGCACCCCCUCCUCCACCACCGCCAUCAGCAAGCCCAGCUCCUCCGGCUCCUCCGCCACCACCUCCAAGCUCGGCACCUUCAUUCGCACCACCACCUCCAAGCUCGGCGCCAUCGUUAGCACCACCUCCUCCGCCUUUACCGCCUUCCACCUCUCCAGGACCAUCAUCUAGGUUAACACCUCCUCCCCCGCCAGGCCCACCUCCACCACCUGCUCAGCCACCGACAACAAAUGGCGCAGGUUCGUCUCUGGCGCAGAGGGCAGCAGCAGCAGCAUUUGGGAGACAACCAUCUUACUCGAUGCCCGAAGCUCCCCCCUCACCGUCAUCCCCUGUUUCGCCACCUGCUUCGCGACGAGUAUCACAAAUGCCAUCUCGCUCAACGCUAGAUGCGAGUUCAUACACUCUGACCAAUGGGAGCUUGUUUGGCGCCUCAAGCGGAUCGGGUCCGACCAGAGUUGAUGAUAACCGAUGGAAGUUCCAGGACGAAAGCCAGUUACCUCCACCACGCCCAUUUACGGGCGUGCCGAAAAGAUAUCGUGCAGGGAGGGGGAGUAGUGUUCCGCUCGAUCUUGCGAGUUUAGAAUGA